UAUAGUAUUGUAUCAAAAACAAAGUUUGUGUUUUAGCCGCCAGUGGAUAUCCUAAAAAUAUUUCUAAGUCGGCCUCAUAUAGAACCUAGCAAAGCGCCAAACUUUAAUCAGAUAAUGGCCCAACCGGAGAACCAUAAUGCGUUGCUGAAUUCGGAAUAUUCCGAAUCGCAGGAGUUCAGGCAUCAUUAUAAUGGCUGUGAUUUGUGCAAUCCAAGCACCCGACUUCAUCGGUACUUCAUUUUCAUCUUUAUGUGUCUACUACCCUUUGGCUCCUACUUCUGUUAUGACAACCCGGCGGCCUUGCAAAAGCAUAUUAUGGAAGAUAUGAACGUCACCGAUGCUGAUUAUGCUAAUCUCUACUCAUGGUAUUCCUAUCCGAACGUCAUCCUCUGCUUUUUCGGUGGCUUCUUUAUCGAUUCGGUAUUUGGCAUUCGUAUGGGAACAAUCGUCUUCGCAGGGUUUACCUGUUUAGGGCAGAUCAUAUUCGCCGGGGGAGCUCUGAUUAAUCAUUUCUGGGUGAUGGUAUUCGGACGAUUCAUUUUUGGUAUCGGAGGAGAAUCGUUAACAGUCGCCCAGAAUACGUACGCAGUACUAUGGUUUCGUGACAAAGAACUAAACACAGUGUUCGGCCUGUUGCUAUCGAUUGCUAGGGCAGGUAGUUUAGUAAAUUUCAACGCAAUGGUGCCUGUCUAUAACGAAGUCAUGAAACACUUCAAGGGCCAUGAGGCCCUUGGUGUCACUCUCAUGUUAGCCGGCGUUCUUUGUAUAUUCUCAUUAAUAUGCGCAAUCAUCCUGGCUGCAUUCGACAAACGCGCGGAGCGGAUUCUCAACCGAGCAGCUCACGGCACUGGUGAAACAGUGAAUAUUAAGGACGUACUCUACUUUCCAGUCCAAUUUUGGUUACUUUGUCUUGUCUGUGUUACUUACUAUGUUUCUAUAUUUCCUUUCAUCAGCUUCGGCAGUUGCUACCUUCAAACCAAGUACAAGUUCUCGGAGGCGAAAGCUAACGAAAUCACGAGUUUUCCAUAUUUGGUGAGCGCUAUUAUAUCGCCUUUAUGCGGUUUGAUCUGUGAUGUGUUUGGAUUAAAUCUCUUCUGGACGCUUAUUGCCACCGUGUUGAGCUUCGCGUGUCAUCUGGUAUUUAGCUUCGCACCGAUGGAUAUCAGUCCUCUUCUUCCGUACUUCGUCAUGACUACGUUAGGUUUUAUGUUUUCGUUUUUCGCGUGCGCCUUCUGGCCCAUGGUCGCAAUAGUUAUUCCUGAACACCAGCUAGGCACGGCGUAUGGCGUAAUGCAGGCUAUCCAGAAUGUCGGAUUAGCCGUUGUCACCCAGUUAGUCGGAGUCAUCAAGGAUCACGGUGGCUACGAUUGGGUGGAAUUUUUCUUUCUGGGAUGGCUAUCCUUGGCGAUCGCAAGUUGCAUCGUGCUUCAGAUAUACAACAAGGCAAUCAAGGGCGGGCUCAACCCUCCGCUGUAUCGCGAACGGUUCAGAUGCUGUCGGCAAAACGAAGAUGAAGUUCCUCUUGUUGACUAGGUCCAAACAACUAUACAAAUAAUACUAUACAAAAACUAAAUAGUCGACAAUUAACCGAAUUAGUGAAUUAGGCUAAAUGUAAAUGAAGAAUUUCUAUACGUUUUAUUGGCAUAUUCAGCUGUGAAAACGUCCUUUAAUUCGAAAUGGUGGGCUGAACGACUUAAUAAUUGGGUUUAUGGGCAAACUUUUGUCUCCACAGUUAGCAGCCCCAAUUUAUGAUAAUAAAGAAUAUGGCUUGUUGUUGUUGUUGUCAUUAUUAUUAUUGAGGUUGUCGUUGCUACUAAAGAGUGGCAUCAACCUCAGGCGAUGUCGCGCUGAUCUACAUGGCACUUUUUAAGGGUUUCCCUGUAUAAGUAUUAUUGAAAACAAUUCGAUUUAUAUUGCAUACCGAGAAUGUGUGGGAGAGGAAUGUGAGAAAAAGCACUUGUGCUUCUAGGUACAUAUCUUUAAAAUUGACAAAAUUCGAACAAAGGCUUUCCACUGUUAGGUUAUCAGCAAAGGAUGAACGAUACUUUGCUGAGUAAUAAUAGUGACAGAAUAAAGUAAAUCACAGAAUGAUUCAAAUGUACGCUACACCACAUCGACGGAGUAUGUUCGGAGAUGGUCGGGCCGCAACAACAGCUAAACACCUUUGUUUCGAUGAAAUAUAUAUAUCAAAGUAAAAUACUAAGAACAAUAUACUAUACUCAAUCUAUUAGCGAAGUGUGAUUCUAUUUCUCUUUUACAAGACACCUAAGCCAUUUUUUGUGUUUAAAAUUUCAUCAUGUACGAUGCAGAAAACAGCGAGUACGUACAUAGUCGUGUAUAUUCUAACUAACAUAUCGGUAAAUAGACUAUGCCGCUCAUAAAUAGAUCCGCGAAGCUAAAUUAGAACAUCUUAACUUUACUUGAAAUCAUGGAACAUAUUGUAUUACGCAGUUGCUAGCAUAAUGCAGUCCGCCAUGAUUUGAUCACUUUCCUAUAGGCCAACAUGAACAGCAAUGUGAUAAAUUAGAAAAUAAGGUUCCCAUGAUUAUAAAUGUGAUUGUUAUUUAUUGUCUACUAUCGUACAAUGGUUUGAGCUUUGUAACGAAAUAAAGUAAAAUUCAAACUUAACUUUCGUAACGGCUGCUAUUAGUU